UGGAGAGUGACCCGAGCAGGGUUGGCUUACAAUAUUUAUUAUGCUUCCAGUGGAUCCUGUGUCUGUAUAGUCAGUGAGCGGUGCACCUCUCGGACGCGUAGAGAUGGAUUCAGAUGACGACAGUUUUGCAGAUGAGUAUUAUUAUUAUAAUAGAUGUGAUGGGUAUGAUGAUGACGAUGAAGAAGAGGAUAGAAGUUUCGAUGACAGCUCUAGCUUGCAGACGUUUUUACGUCUGCGUUCAUCCCUUCUUUGCCCCAAUCAGCUGAGUUAUAAGUGGCCUGUCCCCACUCCAAUUACACAAGAGGAGGCCGACCGGAACGCAGAGGAGCUGUUAGAACAGGAGAAGAAAGAGAAGGAGAAAGUAAAUAAGAAGAGGCUGAAAAAGAAGAGACAGAAAGAUCGCAAGCGUCAACAGAAACUUGAUGCGUCAAAGGACAAGAACAAGUGCUUCGUUAAAGAUGAGAUGCCAGAUGCCAAUUUCACCUCUAUGGCCUCGAAUACUGGGUCAGCAGAUGUGGAAUCCGUUAAGGAAAGCCUCCACCAAACAGACAGAGAUAUGCCAGAUGACAAUCAACGCUAUGUGGCCUCCAAGACUGAGUCAGUAGAUCUGGAAUCUGUUAAAGAAAACCUCAGCAAAUCUGACACAGAAGACGACCUUGAUCUUCAGAGCACGUUUGUCCAAAAGGCUAAAAAAAAGGUGGAAAAUAAGCCCAAAUCUGAGAAGAAUGAUAAAGAUAAUGAAUGGUCUCGGAAUAGAGUGUUAGAGAGGUCCCAGGAGAGAAUCCCCAAGAAAGCUGUACCAACAUCUAAAGCCAAUAUUGCGGAUCAAUAUCAAAUCCAGCAGAGUAUGGAUCUAGCCAACAUCGGCAACAAUAUGGCACAAAGAGAACACUUUAUAGAGGCCGUGAGAUAUUAUACAGAAGCUUUAACGCUUAACCCAACAGAUUGCAGGUUCUUGGGUAACCGUUCUUACAGCUAUGAGCGCUGCGGGAAAUAUAACGAAUCGCUGCUCGAUGCGGAACAAGCUCUCUUUCUCCAGCCACACUUUAUUAAGGGCUACUUCAGGAAGGGCAAGGCGCUGAAAGGACUCCAGAGAUACGCGGAGGCUAUAGCUGCCUUUCAGAAAGUCUUGGCAUCGGAUGUAAAUCACACCGAAGCUGCCACUGAGAUAUUACAGUGUCAGCUAGAGAUGCAGGCUUCAACAAACAGAGUGAAUGUUCCUAAUAGCUCCCCCCUUAGUCCUCCCCUCAUCCCACCUGAAGCUGCAGAUGGGGCUCGUUAUUUGGUUUAUAAGCGUUCCGACGUAAACAUACCCAUUAUGAAACCAAAACCCUCUGUUUCAAGUAAAAUGCUUCCCACCAUGAGUAAGCUUUACCCUGUCUGGGUUGGUAAUGUCACAAAUAAAAUAACAGAGAAUAUUUUAAGAGGAAAAUUUGAACAGUUUGGUCCAAUCCAUUCAAUGCGUAUUUUAUAUAGCCGAACCUGUGCUUUUAUCAAUUUUACUGCCAAGCAAGAUGCUGAGAGAGCAUUCAGAGCAUUGCAGGGUUUGAACGUUGAAGAUACCACCUUUGUGUUACAAUUGAGGAACCCAGAGCAUUCUGAUCUCAAUGUGUCCAAGAUUGGAACCACGCAGCCAGUGAAGUGAGAGGAUGGAAGUGAACUGGACACGUGCUGGCCAAUUGGUUUCUGGUUUAUAUGGAAUACAUUUUGGCUGACGAACAGCAUAUCAUAUAAAUAUUUUGUCUUCUGCUGAUUCAAGUAAUUCAAUACCUUUUCAAUAAAAAUAUAUAAUUUUUUGUGAA